AUGCCAACUAGGACUAUGGGGAUGAGAGAAAGAGACGAAAAAACGAAGUCGUGCAUCUGGAGGAGAAUGUACCAGAGAUUAAGUGGACCCCUUGGAAUGACAAUGGACUGGCAAGGGGCUCCUGCAAGUCCUAGCUCAUACACAGUGAAGAGGAUUUUACGCUUAGAAAUUCCAGCAGAUACUUAUCCAAAUUUCAAUUUUGUUGGGCGACUUCUUGGUCCCAGAGGCAAUUCACUGAAACGGGUGGAAGCUACAACAGGAUGCCGUGUAUAUAUUAGAGGAAAAGGAUCAAUAAAGGACCCAGACAAGGAAGAGAAGCUAUGUGGAAGACCAGGCUAUGAACACCUGAAUGAGCCACUGCACAUCUUGAUUGAGGCUGAUUUACCUGCAAAUAUUGUUGAUAUCAGGCUAAGACAGGCGCAGGAAAUAAUUGAAGAAUUGCUUAAACCUGUGGAUGAGUCACAAGAUUAUAUUAAGAGACAGCAGUUGCGUGAAUUAGCUAUGCUGAAUUCAAGUUUCAGAGAAGACAGUCCUGGACCAAGCGGUAGUGUAUCACCUUUCAACACUAGUGGAAUGAAGCGUGCAAAAACUGGGCGUUAAGACAUAUUGCAUUUAUUGCUCUUGAAGCAAUGGUUUCUACUUUCUACUCUGCUUCAGAAAGUAAUACCUGAGUAUACCUCUCAAUACACCUUAAUACCUCUUUGUUAUCGAGCCAAAAUGAAACUACAGGCUAACAGGUCUUGCGGGUGAGGCUUUUGGUUGGGUUUUCUUUUAUUUUAUUGAAGAGUACAGAAACAAAGAAGAAAAAGGAAAGGGGGGGGGGUGUUUUUAUAUAGUUUUGGCUUUUGACUUAGGUAUGGUGAUUUUAAUUUCUGUAAACUUCAUUCAUUGGAUUUAUUCUUGUAUUGGUGACAAUGGAGUAGUGUGGAAUAUUUUAUAAUUGGUGCCAGCAUGAGAGGCGUUGAGCAAGUGGUUUGAAUUUUGUAGGUAUUUUUUUUGUCCCACGACUUUGUGUCCAUUGUAUUCAUUAUUCCACUAGAAAUUGGAAAUGAAACUCCAAAACCCAUUGAGAGAGGUUUGACCGAGUUUGGAUUUGUUCCCGUGAAUCUCCAGGCAGUUGAAUAUUUGCUCAGAGGCAGCAUAUUGUGUAAUACUUAGAACUUUUGGAUGGCAAUCCGUGUUCUGUUGAGGGGCUGGUUGUG